AUGUCGGCAAACAGUGAAGAGGUUUUUGAGCGGGAUGAAGACAUGUCGUCCUGGAGUUCGGCGUUCGCGCCGGUGAAGAAGAGACACUCCACGACACAGGAGCGCAGGCGAUGUGACAAAGAAGAGACCAAGAAGCGAAAGAAGAAAGAGAGGAAGUCGGCAUCAGUCCCGGAAGAUGCCGACAAUCGGGCAGAGCAGUUGCCCUCCUCCAGCUACACCGCCCGAGACCCUCAGGAGCAGGAGGGUUCAGCCCACGAAGGGCUUCCCGCCAACUUGGGCAGGUGGGUCUUCCAUGCCUCUUGGGAACCGACAGAAGAAGGAGACCAGCCGGAAGCGCCUCCCAAACGCAGUCCGGGGAGAGCAGCUGCGAAGAUGCUGGUUCGCGCCGGCCUUCGCUGUAAAUGUCAUUUCGCUCUCGACUGCCAAUGCAGUGACGUGCAGGGCUGGGAGAGUUUCCUGCGUGAGCAAGACGCACCCUCGCAGAAGCCUAUGAUGUUUAUGCUACUCGAGCCGGUUCAAGAGCUUUCAGUUUUCACCUUCGUUUCACCCUCCGUCUCACAAUGGUGUCGCAGAGACGACUCCGACUCCUCUGACAGUGAGGAGAUGAUUCCGACGAUCUACGGGCUCAUGCCCAUGAGGCGAAAAGCUAAGAAGAACCGCAAGCACAAGAAGAGCAAAGAGUCCAAAAGAGACCGACGCACCAAGAAGAAGGCGUCGAAGAAGCGCGCACCCAAGGCAAAGAAGAGCUCGUACAGCUCUGAAUCCUCCUCGUCCUCGUCUUCGCCGGAACGCCGCCGCCACAAGCGCAAGGAGCGUGCGGAAGCCGCUCCCUCGAGCCACAAGGGGGAGUCUUACCACACACCGUCCUUUACGAAGGACCAUUCCUUUGGAAGUGGCAAAUGGGGCGGACAGAGCUCCGGGUGGAAGCAGCCAGGCUGGCACUCGAACAAACAAUGGCAAGCCAAGUCUUGGCAGCCCAGAGGCUCCGGCAAGCCCUGGAACACUUGGACGGCGCAUGAGAAGGGUUACCAGUGGAAGCUCCCCGAACAGGAAGAAGAAGCCGAAGAUAGGGAGGAAGCUUCCAUGCAGGAAGCACUCAUGAAGAGUGCAAUGGAGGAGGCGUGGUCCGACCGCACUCGGACUUUGUCCUACAGUGAACUCCCGGCGGAUCAGCGCGGCCCCCCCUACAAAGAAGUCAUGGAGAAUGUGGAAGCUGAUGACAUCGAGCGCAUGGCCGCGCGGAUCAAGGAGCACUCCCGCCUCCCGGAGGCAAUGAUCAACUAUGUGUCCCGGUUCCUGGCCUCCCUCCCCGACGGGACGCUGCCGCAAGAGUUGAAAUGGGCGCAGCAUUCAGGAUCGCAUUUCUCCGCCUCGAUCCUCGAACUGGAGCUUAAACCCGACAUCGCCGCGCCGGAGCAGCUCCAGAUCCCGGACCCCGUCCACUCGCAGAGUCUGACGGCCGCUCACGGCACGAAGUGGUCCUCGGCUCACGGCAUUUUGAGCCAAAAGAUCAUCCGCCCUCAAGCAGCUCAGACCGACCAGUACCCGCCAUACGGGUUCUUCGCCCGUGGCAGCUGCGAGCAGUACUCCUCGCACACGGCAAUGAAGGCCCUGGAAGGGGUUGCGAGGAAAGCAAAGGCCUCGGGAAGUGGCAUCGCAAUUUUGGUGUCCGCAAGGGCACACGCGGUCCAACUCUUGGAAGGAGGACGGGCCGAGGAGCCCUUGCUAGAUCACGAGGUGGAGCUGCUCGAUUUGGAGCGGCUAGCAGAGUUGGAAGAUCCAGGUGAGUUGGAUCAGUGGCCAGAGCAGGAACGGCCCGAAGCAACAUUAGCGCUCACGCCAGCUGAGUCAGAGCUUUUCUCUGCAUCGGCCAGUGCCCGGCCCCAAAACCAGCAAAGUUCGCCGAGCGGCGUGCUUCAAGGGCGCGAGUACGAGCAGGCCCUGCAAGGCUGCUUGUUGAGGGCUGCUAAACGGCCAAGAAUAGUCAUGCCUUGGGAGACCCCCUUGAUGCGGGACAUUUUUGGAACCACUGAGCCCCCGGUCGUGGUGCCGCAAGCUCAGUUACAAACCACAGCCCCGCCUUCCGAGCCGGACCGAGACCCGGGCGAAGCCAUUGGCAAGAUACUUAUGCCACCCAGAGCGGGGGCGUCAUCCGCUUUGUCGGCAGUCAAGAACCGCCCCAACGUGAAUUUCCCCAAGAGUGAACAAGCUUCAAGACUGAAGGGAAUCUCUCUGUGGUGCGACGUCAUAGGGGUCGCUCCACAACACUUCGGCAUCACCAGGCACGUCCAGCUAUCGGACGAAGACAACGGCGGCCAAGUCGCCACCGAGCUUUUCACGUGUGUCGAUGCAGUGAUGGGGGUCAAAGCCCCAUCCACCAUCAACUCUAGAGGGAUGGUUGUGAAAAGGUACCUUUAUUGGUGCACGCAGAACGACAGGUUAGCAUGGCCGAUGAAGGAAGCAGUGUCGUUCGAUUAUGUCCACCACCUCAAGGCACUUGGUGCUCCAACCGCUCCGGCCUCAUUUCUGCAGGCGGUAAACUUCAUGAUCUACACGAUUGAACCCGAGGGAGCAACGGCCAUCAUUUCCAGCUUCCUGAUUCAGGGAGUGGCUAAGCAAGCCUCGAGCAAGAAGAGACCAUUGAAGCAGGCGCCGGCGCUUACCGUCGCCAUGGUACUGCGCUUGCACGCCAUCCUCAGGAACACAUCUGAAGGAGUUUUUGACCGGCUAGCUGCAGGACUCAUGCUCAUGUGCGUGUAUGGACGCUGCAGAUGCUCCGACCUCAGACACAUUGAGGAGAUAUGUCUGGACAUUACAGGGAGGCACGGCUUUAUCGAAGUCCGGACGGAACAUCACAAGACAGCCAACAGAGAAAAGAGAAGGCUCCUGCCCAUCGUAGCUCCAGCCUUUGGAGUCACAGACGAGAACUGGGCCGAGCAGUUCCUAACCUUACGGAAGCAAGUCCUCGGCGAAUUUGCGCCCGGGCCAUUCCUCCCCGCUCCUCUUUCUGACGACUCCUUCUCUGAGCGCAGCCUCGAGAGUGACGAAUUCACGUCGUUGCUGCGCUACCUACUAAGGCAGCUGGAUAACGUAGAAGAUCUCACGUCUCACAGUUGUAAGGAGACGGUGCUGGCAUGGAUGGCCCGCUUCGGGGCCGACAAACCCACCUUGGAAUUCCUAGGUCGGCACGUGGGGAGCAUUACGUCGAGCGACGUGUAUGCCAGGGGGAUGCAAUCCCGGCCUCUGCGAAAGCUCGCGAUGGCUCUAAACGCCAUACGGGCGGGUACAUUCCUGCCCGAUGAGACAAGAAGCGGUCUCUUCAGGUCCCGCCAGGACAGCCGGCCCAUCGAGACGGGCAUUAACUCCCGUGGGGAACCAUCAGACACGACGUCUGCCUGGAAGGUAGUCUCGAACGAAGAAGAAAGGAGUCCUGCCUCUCCUGAUCGAGACCAGGAAACAGCAUCAUUGCCGUCGGCAGCACCAGCCCCGGUGUCGGAGGAGGAAGCCAACAGCGGUGCUGAGGUUCCAAAACCUCAAAUCAUGACCUCACUCCUGGACAGCGAAGCUCAGUUCCUGCAGCGCGCUGCUGAGCUUGGCAUACCGGAUGCGGCGGCACAGGCGUUCAAGAGGCACGGUUUGGCGACACUCAAUCGCUAUGGUUUUGCCCACGGUCAGCCGGGGCAGCCGAUCGACGAGACCCUAUUCAACACCUUUUUCGAAGGCAUCGCCGGGGUAGGGCAAUCGCUGAGAACAUUGUCAGCAGCCAGGAACCUUCUGUUUGAGGCCCACGUGUUUAUCAGCGCCAGCCUCAAGAACAGGGUUGAAGCGACGGCCGACACAGCAAAGCCGGUCCCGAGAGCGGAACGCAGCGCGAGGCUCGACAGCCUUCGUGCAAAGUACCCAGGUCUCGAAAUUUCCAAAGGUCUGGAGCCAGGGCACGCCAUGCUGGAUUCGGCCUCGCAUCAAGCUGAGUCCAAAAUACUCAAGUACAUGCCGCCCUCCAGGUGUGCAUCCAGAGAACAGGAAAUGAUGAGCAAUAAGUCAUCGGCCAAGCUCUUGGAAAUUGAGGGCUCACAGGUCAAGGUCAAGGAGAACGACAAAGGACUGUUCAUCGAGAACAAUACCGAGUUCCUGGUCUACCAGGCACUACGCAGGCGCGGCUUGGCAUAUGAGUUCGCGGAUCUCGUCACAUUCACCGUCCACCAGAAAUGGGUGGAUUGGCUGUUCGGAGAACUAUCCAAAGAGCAACCGGCCCGGUUCCAAAAAGUUCAGAUGUUCCAGAUCCUGCGAGCAGACAAGGCAGCCUGGCUUCACAUGGCUGACGUGGUAAAGGAUAUCAGACCGUCAGACGGCACUAGACCUAUCGACGCCGAGUUCGCCAGGUUGCCCACGGUACACUCGGUCGUGUUCGCACUCCUGCCCUUGCAGCAGUUCAGCCCAAAGGGAGGUGACCAGAAGGGCGACCGGGCCGGCAAGGGCAAGAAUGGCAAAGGUUGGAAGGGCAACAGGCCGUCUCCGUAUGACAUGCCGCAUCAAGACACGUGGUUUAGUCGCAAGGGAGGCAAGGACCGGAACUCCAAGGGCAAAAGCAAAGGGAAGGGCAAGGGCAAGCACCAGCAGGAUAACUAUGAGGCUCCUCGCAUGCCCAAGCUUUUGCUUGGCCUUCACUACAAGUGCCCCACGUCUGGGAGGCCCAUCUGCUUUGGGCACAACUUACCCGGGGGAUGCCCCGCGGGGAAGAACAACGAGUCCGAAUGCGACCGAGGGAAAGUUUUCCAGUCAUGCUUCGCCCUCGAGCUUUUCGCGGGCACCGCGGGCAUCACGGCCGCCAUGAAGAGUGUCGGCCUGUUGGACCUUUCACUUGAGGCCUCUCAACACCUUGUUUUCCAGAUUUUAAGUUCAGAUCAGCUAGUUUUUGUGUGGAUGGCGCCACCUUGUGGAACGUGUUCGCGGGCCAGGGAGAUCGCCAUGAGCACCUCUCGCUACGGACCAAGACCUCUCCGUUCGGAUGAUUUCCCAGACGGACUGCCGCAUCUACUUGAUCACGAAGCAGAACGUGUGAAGAAAGCAAACGAGCUGUACAAACUUGUGACUCAAGUGUGCAUUAGAUGCACGGACAAGCAACUCCCCUGGACGGUGGAGAACCCCUUCUCCUCCUUGUUCUGGCGAACCUCUUUCUGGACCGAGGCGCAAUCUCGGUGCAAUCCGAGAUAUGUGCAAUUUCAUUCGUGCAUGUAUGGAAGCGAUCGCAAGAAGAACACCGCUCUGGCCUUUUUCGGCAAAGUGCCUCUGGACAGACUCCAUGCUGAAUGUGACAACAGCCACGCUCACAAAUCAUGGGGAUGGUCCCAUGAGGACCAGACCUUCUCCACUUCUUUGGAGUCGGCGUACCCGGCCAAACUGUGCAAGCAAGUGGCUCAUGCUGUCAAGGAUGCCUGCGAGGCAGACAAUUUUGUCAUGGAACCUCUAGACAUGUUGCGGGCAUCGCAACUGCCGCUUGCGGCAGAGAAAGUCUCAAGAGCAAUGGCAUCCGAGGGUACCACGAAGUCCAAUCUACCCAACUUCGUUCCAGAAUACCGGGUGAUUCUCAAGGCAUUCAUUCCGAGAUCUUCCUGUACGUGGCGCAUCAAGGAUUUCAUCGAGCACCCUUUGAUCACCCCGCAGGUCACCAUUCCCGACGGCUCCCGUCUGCUGGAAAUCUCUCCCAGAACAGAAGGGGAGAACUCCACGAUUCCAGCAGAAGCGGACACAAUCUGCACAUUUGGAGUGCCUUGGAGCCCCGGCGAGUUCCUGAAGGAAGCGGCGGGAAGAGGACACCCAGCCGACGCGAUCUCGACAGUGCCUGAACCACUGAAAAGAUCCAUUUGGGAACUUGCGGCUGACGAUCCAUCGGCGGUCGCUGAAAGGCGAGCGUCCUUCUUCCGCAAAUGGAUGUCGGUUGCUUCGGAGCUCUACGAAGAGGAAAAGGCCUUGAAGGACUCGAUGGACGAGGGAGUAAGGUCGGUAGUAAAGGACAAGAAGAUCCUGCUCUUCAAGGAGAUGGUGAACGCAUACGAGCUGAACGAUGCUGAAGCACACAAACUCUUGGAAGAAGGUGUUGACCUUACGGGCGAAAUUCCGAUGUCGAACGACCUGCCCAAGAGGUACACCCCGGCCACGAUCCAUGAGAGCGAGCUCGAAGCUCUUGCUCCGGUCCUCAAGGAUGCAGCGCUCUCAAGGGCUCUUGGAGCCGCGGAGGGCCUAUCCAAGGAAGUGUGGGAGAAGACCAUAACUGAAGUUUCGAGGGGAUGGCUCAAGGGACCCAUGGAGCCUGAUGAUGCCGAUGCGCCCUCGGUCGUGUCUAAUCGCUUUGGGGUUAAGCAGAGGGACAAGGUACGGUGCGUCGACGAUAUGUCGGCUAGUUUGAUAAACGCUACCACCUUCGCGGAGGAAAGGAUAUCUCUUCAUUCCGUAGAUGUCAUGGCUUCCGCUGUGGUUGAGUGGUGCGACGCCAGAGACGCCGCGCAGAGGCCUCGCGACUUGACCGCUAAGAGCUUCGAUCUUAAGUGGGCCUUCAAGCAGAUGGCAGUGUCGGCGAGCUCCAGAGACAGGGCGGGACUAGUCAUCAAGGACCCGUCUGGCUGCCCCAAGGUCUUUACAUCGCUGGCCCUGCCCUUCGGGGCCACUCAGAGUGUAUACGCCUUCAACAGGAUGAGCAGGGCACUGUGGACCCUAGGAGUCGUGGCCCUCAGUCUCAUGUGGACGGUUUUCUUUGACGACUUUUGCCUGUUUUCGGAGCCCGCCCUGGAGAAGAGCUCGGACCUGGCUGCAAGGUCCCUCUUCGAUAUCCUUGGAUGGGUGUAUGACACCUCUGGCGAGAAAAACACGGUCUUCGGUAGGACACUACACGCUCUAGGAGUCAGCGUCAACCUGAGACAUCUCACCAAGGGAUCGCUACUCAUCAGCAACACUGAGGCAAGAAUCAGUGAGCUCGUGAGCGAGCUCUCAAACAUUCUCGACAGGGGAAGAAUAUCGAGAUCCGAGGCCAGGCACAUGGCGGGGCGAAUGAGUUUCGCCGGAGGGCAAAUCUUCGGUCGACUCCCGAAGUCCUGUCUUAAAGUAUUCUACUCCGUUUUGGAACGGAACUCUACCGCAAUUGACGGAAGCAUCUCCGCAGCACUUCGGAUGUACAUUGACAUCGCUCAGUUCGCCCCAGCGAGGACGAUUCUCCUGGGUCAGAGGCCCUGCGUCUUUAUAUACACUGACGCGUCCCUGGAACCGACUAAGGAAGGAAACGUCGCGGGAAUAGGCGGAGUCCUGUGCGGACCCACUGGAGAGCCCCUGAGGUUCUUCUCGUACUUCCCUAGCUCAGCUGAGCUUGCUGAGGUGGGAAUAGACCUAGAGUCUAAGUGCAUCUUCUUGCUCGAGUUGGCUGCAGUCUGCUUGGCGUUCAAGGCUUGGGGCGAGGCCCUCAGAGGAAUGAGAGUCGUAUGCUACUGUGAUAAUGAAGGCGCCAAAGCCUGCCUUAUGACUGGAGCAAGCGCUAACAGAGUCGCAAACGACUUGCUGAAGCAUCAAGCCGCAUAUGAGCUCAAGACGGGGAUCGAGGCUCUCCCAGACUUUCCCGACGCAGUACGGUCCACGGACGGAGACUUCGUCAUCCCCACAUGGAAAAAGAGAGAGCGAUCUGCGUGGAAGAUAUUUGAUUGA